CACUGACAUGUCAUUUCUGUCAGCGCCUGUGGGCAUGGUGCAUCACUUGGCGUCGCACGCUUCAGCCGCCACCAUGCCCCGCUCGGGCCGCCGUCCGGCUCCUCGCUGCUGAUGCCAUCGCAGGGGGUGGGCGACAUUUUCUGCAGCGGGUGUCUGGUCCAUGUGGAGUAUGGGGAACAUGAUGCGAGGUGUGAGCGCCAUCAAAACCGUCAGCAGUGAAAAACCUGAGAACUCUCUGAAAGGUUCGGAGUACGACAUGGUGGUGGUGCUGGAGGACUACCCCUCCCCUGAAGUCAGCGAGCCCAUCUAUCGGACGGGGGAUAAACUCCGAGUCGUUGCACAGGAGGCGUAUUGGUGGAAAGUUCGCUCUGUUCAAACGGGGAAGGAGAACUACAUCCCCAACACCCAUGUAGCAAGAGUCUACCACGACUGGCUGUUUGAGGGCGUGGGGAGGCAGAAGGCUGAGGAGCUGCUGCUUCUACCUGUGAACAGAGUCGGUUCUUUCCUGGUGCGGGAGAGCAGAGGGGAAAGAGGUCUGUAUUCACUGUCAGUCAAACACAGGACUGUAAAGCACUAUCGGAUCUUCAGGCUGGACAACAGCUGGUACUACAUCUCUCCUCGGCUCACCUUCCAGUGCCUUGAGGACAUGAUCAGCCAUUACUCAGACGAUGCAGAUGGGCUGUGUUGUGCGCUCACUUCUCCUUGUUUGUCGAGCACAACGCCGCCAUCGGAGGCAAACACCGGGGCCCCGCCCGUCAUCAUGAGACGCAACUUUGACUGGAAGAAAGUGGAAAGGGACCAGCUGGUGAACCCGGACAGCUGCAGCGACGACAUGGUGAGCUACGGAGUCAGGAACAGCAUCGCCGCCUACCUGUCCCUUUCUGAUGACCGGAAACCUGCCAGCAUCAGAGGUCUGGGCCGGAAGAAGAAGAGCAAGUCAGUGUACAGAGUCCCGAUGCACGCCGCCAACGACGAGGACUUCUAGAGGAGCCCGGUAGACUCUAACGCCGUGAGCUGGAGACGGGCGGAGAGCUUCAUGAUCCACUAAUGAUCCCUGAUGCCAGCUGCGCUGAGCUGACUCCAAAAAAAAAAACAAAAAACGUGUUGGACUUUCUAAUGUGAGCACUUUGAAGUACUUUAACAAUAAUACUGAUUGCACGGCCACCCACACUCUGACUGGAGGCAACGCGAGGAACUACGAUGAGUUGAAGUGGGUGGCGGUGCAGCGAAACUGUGUCUGCCCUAAUAAAAGCUUCUAUUGUUAUGCUGAAGAGUUGACUUGAAUGUGACCAAAAAGGUCCAAAAAGACCAAAACUCUCAUGAAGUUGAAUGGAGAAAGAGCAGGGAGGCGGCUUCUUAAUCACACAUCAAUAUGGAGGAGUAUUUACAUAAUAUGGACUCCUUUUCGUGAUUUUACUUACUGUGAACUCGACAGUUAGCUUUGCAGUUUUACUGUAUACCGAAUGAUAUAACAUGCUGGGGUCAAUAUGGUCAGGAGUAAUAGGAGAUUUGACAGACUUUUUUUUUUUGCUGUGGCAAAAACAUGAUUGCAACAGCUUCAUUCAAGAUUUUAGGUUUUAUUGGCUGUAGAAACUUUUUUUUCUAAUUGAAGGAAAAUGCUCUGUGAUAAGAAUGACUCAGCAAUAAAAAAAAAAAAAUCAACUUUCAAUUAAAAGCUGAGGUUUGAGUAAAGAUAAGUGAAUUCUUAUGUGAUAUCAAAUAUAUUUACACAAUUUCUGGUAAAAAAAAAAAAAAAAGACUGAAUCGCUCUGAAAAAAUCAAAUGGUGCAACAAGUGAAGAGCUUGUUGCAUCAUUCAGGACAUUCA